CGAUUUUUGAAAGUAAGGCGGUUGAUUUUAUUGCGAUUUACUGCCUACAGAGGCGAAGUUUGAAGGUGUAAAAAGCACUACUUUUCAUUUCGAAGUUUUAAAGACGUUGAUCAAAAGCUACAACAACUUAAGAUGGAUCCUGUAUUGUCGAAACUGCUCGUUGGGCUUGCUGUCAAUAUAAGUCGUAGUGAUGGGAGAAUACACAGUGCAACCGUGAAAAAUACCAGUGUCACUAAAUCCUCAGUGAGUGUGGAAUGGGCUGAGAAUGGAUUGACCAAAGGAAAAGAGGUUGACCUGGAUGAACUUCAACAACUCAAUUCCGACCUUAUGCAACACCUCCAGCCAUGCCGUCAAGAAGUGCCUGUCCCUGUAACGUUACCUGUGGCAAAAGUGGCAAAAAAUACCAGAGCAUCUGAACUUCCUCUGAGGUCAACAAGAUUACCGGCACCACCAGAAGCUUCCAGAAGGAUGACCACACGUCAGACAUGCUUGUUCCGUCAUCCUGCCCCUCCCUCUGCGGUAUCUGUCACAACUGCAGAGGACAGCCUGUCUCAAGAUCUUUCCUCAUCUACAAUCCCUAAACCUUCUGGUUACCAGAGGCGACUUGUUUCAAAGCCAGCAUCUCCUCUAUUACCAACCGCUGAGGCUAUAUGUGAGAGUGAGGCUUCCAAAUGUGCUCCCAUGGGUCCACCAAGCCAUCGCAUGUCUCAGGUCUCGGAGAUGAACAGUGGCAAGGUGACAAACAAACGGUUGUCUGUAGCAAGAAUCCCUGAAACACAGAAAAGAGGAAAGUUUGGAGAUGCAUGUCGACCUAACAAACAGUUUCACCAGAUGAUAGAGGAAUACAGAGAGACCCUGGAGAAAGUGCCCAUGUCUUUGUCUGAUAUGGUGAAACCUCAAAGAAUAUGUGUCUGCGUUCGCAAACGGCCACUGAAUAAAAAAGAGCUGGCCAAGAAAGAGAUUGAUGUGGUGACAAUCCCUGGUAAUGGAGCCCUGCUGUUACAUGAACCUAAGCAGAAAGUGGACCUGACCAAAUACCUGGAGAAUCAGACGUUUCAUUUUGAUUACUCGUUCGACGACGAUGUCUCUAAUGACCUUGUUUACAGGUUCACUGCUAAACCUCUGCUUAAGACCAUAUUUGAAGGGGGUAUGGCGACUUGCUUUGCAUACGGUCAGACAGGUAGUGGAAAAACCCAUACAAUGGGUGGAGACUUCUCUGGCAAAACUCAAAAUAGCUCUAAAGGGAUCUACGCCCUGGCAGCGCAGGAUGUAUUUACCCUCCUGAGGCAAAAGCGGUAUGCCGAUAUGGACCUUUGCCCAUACGUGACGUUUUUUGAGAUCUACAAUGGCAAGGUGUUCGAUUUGCUGAAUAAGAAGGCAAUGCUACGCGUUUUGGAGGAUGACAAGCAGCAGGUCAAUGUCGUCGGCCUGCAAGAAGUGCCGGUGUCAUCCGUUGAUAAUGUCAUUAAGCUGAUCGAGCGGGGAAGUGCAUGCAGAACGUCUGGCCAGACGUUUGCCAACUUGAGCUCGUCGCGGUCACAUGCGGUGUUGCAGGUAAUCCUGAGGAGGCGGAAUUUCCUUCACGGGAAGUUUUCUCUGGUGGAUCUUGCAGGAAACGAGCGUGGUACUGAUGUCACCAGUAAUGAUCGUAACACUAUAGUGGAGACUGCGGAGAUCAACCGCAGCCUGCUGGCUUUGAAGGAAUGUAUCCGGUCUCUGGGUCACAACAAUGAACACAUCCCAUUCAGGAUGAGUAAACUCACACAGGUGCUUAGAGAUUCCUUCAUUGGGGAAAACUCCAGGACCUGUAUGAUUGCAAUGAUCUCACCGGGCAUGAACUCCUGUGACUACACUCUGAACACACUACGCUAUGCAAACAGGGUGAAAGAAUUGAAUGGAGUGUCUAAAGGAGUUUCAGCUGCGAAUGGUACAAAUCUUGAAUUUUCUGUAGAGGAGGGAAACUAUUCAGAGGAGGAGUCUGUUCUUCCAACACUCGAGGCCAUGUCUCAAGUGUCUGAGAUGGAAGAGAAGUUUUAUGAAGAACUCAAGGGUUGCAAUGAGAUUGUCCAGUCCAUGCAAUAUCCUUCAUUUGAUAUUGUAAAAAGUCUUCCAGAAAUUGAUUCGUUCAUGGGGAAACUGCAAGAAUCUUACCAGGCUUUGAGAUCAGCCGUUGAAGCAGAACAGAGGAUCAGGAUGUCGCCCAAACUAGUCUGAGAUUUGGCUGAGGACAAAACACUCAAACUAAAAAAACUAAUAAUGCUAUUUCAAUAAGUAAUUUCUAUCUUACCAGAUCCAUGUAUACUCAUUUAUAUGUGUGUGUGUUUGUUUGUAAGUUUUGUAGUGUUAUGUUUCUUUGUUUACUAAAUAAAGGUUCUCUCUUAUUGGAUGUUACGGUUUAAGUGUUAUGUGUGUUCUUGUCCACUAGAUGGGGAAGUCGGUUUGAUCUCUCCUUAAGGAGAAAUGAGAGGAGCAGGUGUGGAGUAUUACCUGUGAUAAUCUCUAAAUUAAGAAGCGGUGCUUCAAGAUGCGUGGAGAAGAGAUUUUGACCAUUGGAGCCGUGUUUUCGUAGUCUCUCCAGUCCAUUAGUCCCUUUCUUUAUAUAUUUUCUGUGUUGUUCCUUUUGAUUUAAUGUUUAUUUGUUAAAACGUAUGUGCACGUGUGGCAUCUCCUAGGAUCUUGUAAAUCAUAUAAUUAAUUGUAUCAGUUUUCUUGAUGAAUCACUUGUACCAUAUUCCAUCCACACUGAUAUAUAUUUUUUCAGUAUGUGUCUCUUGAAUUUCAUAUCUCUAUGAACUCUGUUUUUUGUUGCUGAUGCCACAUGACCUCAAACUCUCACUAUUUGCUAUCCCAAAUCACUGUACACACUUGCCCUGUAAACACAAGCUGACACGUGACCAAUCAAAGGUCUAAUAAACAGAUUACAUUAAACAGUGUUCUCCAAUGAUGAAAAAAUAGGUUGUAAAUCAGUGGCCCCACAUCUCCAUAAACUCUCUGGGUAGUAUAUGUCUAAAUAAUUUCCUUUUUUAAUAUUCUUGCCUGUUGUAACAUUCAUGUUAUUAGGGAAUUGCAGAUUUACUUUCCUUCUAGGAAAACCUUCUUAAGACCUUCAGAGUUAAGUUGUUUAUUAUACUUAAGUAGAGUAGACUUUAUGCUUCUUUGUGGUUCUGUUUUUCUCUUGCUAAUAACUAGCCUGUAUUACCUGCUCGAGACCUGCCCCUUUCAGUUCAGUUAUCCUCCAACACAAGGAAGAACCAAAACCUACAGGAACAUUUGAAGGGAAUUUUUGCUUUGCAAAUGUGUUUCAUGUGAGCAGAAUCUUGUAUCUGUUGGCUCCGAGUCUAUUUGAUUCUCCACUCUGAAUUCCAGCUGUCCACGUGAAUAUUUUCUCAGUGUGGUGAAAAUUGGCAGUUCCCAUCACCUCUACAGACAAACCACCCAGCUAUCAGAGGAGCAUGCGGAACAACCUCUGUAUUUUUUGCUUGUACCAUCCAUGU